GCCACAGUUGUUUAAAACACUUAUAGCAUGCGAGUUCUCGUUGAAAACUAGUAUAUGUAUAUAAUAUACAAGAGAAUUAUAUAACGUUAUUAUAUUUGUGUUAGUGAUUGUUUGCGAAAUUAUUGUUCAGUGAGUUAAUUUAUAGAAAGGAAUUUGUACGAACUUUUAUUUAACAACUCAGUGAUUUGACCUGGGUAAGUUAUGAAGUCAUUGCGUUAGUACGGUAGACGUAACGUUAAUUAUAUUUUAACAUCACAACAAGAAAUUUGUGUUUGGUGGUAACUUUCGGUGCUUAAAAACUAUAUUGAACAGACUGGUAACGCUAACAUUUUUGUUGCUUGUUAAUAAAUAAACAAUUAACAUAGCAACCAAAAUCGACGCAAGGCGUGUGAGAAUGAAUGCGCAGUUCCAUACACCAUCAUUCGGAGACGAGGUAAUAUUCGAUUUGCCAGACAACGAAACGGAUUGCGAAACUAUAAGUAAGGUUCAAGGUGGACCGGAAACUUACACUGCCCCCAAUAGCGUUAUUAAUCAACAAUAUCAGGAAGAAGGAUUAAUUCAUCAACAGCAUAUUAAUACAAAGAGAAUUCGUAGCAUGGAUGUGUCUCUGGAUGAGUACCACAGUGCUAAUGACGAAUCUUUCGCAAAUACCGCUUAUGCGGUAUCUCCAACGAAAAACGCGCAAAAUACACCUACAGCAACACUCGCUGCACGUAAGCAGUUAGCGCCAACUGCUACGGAUGCCAAUGAGCCCGCUAAACCGCUGUCAGCAUAUGGACUAUUCUUCCGUGAUACUGUUAGCGCAAUAAAACAACAAAAUCCCAACUGUACUUUUCAAGAGCUGUCGCGUAUCGUGUCAUCUAUGUGGGAAGCAUUAGAUGUGAGCCAUAAAAAUGUUUACAGCAAAAAGCAUGAAGCAGCGCAGGCGGAAUAUAUGAAACAAAUGCGUAUCUAUCGUGAACAACUGGAUGAACAGCAGCAACAAUUAGCAGCUAAUGUAAAUGCUACACCGACGCCAGCUUUACAAACCAAACCGGCUGUUUUCACAAUAUCCCGCUACAACACAGACGGUAGCAUGAACAAUACCGUUGCCAAUAAUGUUGCCAUCAACAGUGAAACGAACGUUAGUGCUGCACAGAUGCAGCCAGCAACACCAACUGCUGAAGUAAAUAGUGCAGCGAACGAUCCUCCGCAGCCACAAAUUCAAAUGCUUAGUGAAGCGGGUGCUGUUCAGAAAUGUACACGAGAGAAUUGUAAUAAACGCGCUAUCAUAAAUCCCGAUUGGGAAGAUGAGUAUUGCAGCAAUGAGUGCGUCGUCAUACACUGCCGCAAUGUGUUCAACGCCUGGGUGCAAUCGAAUCUGGAGUCACGGAAACAAUAACAGCGAGCUUAUUUGAGUGGUGGCGCCGCGAGGAAGUAAAGCUCUCACUUUCCAAAUCGUUUAACAAAUAAUGGGAGUAUGUAUCUUAAGUCUGGAAGACAUGUUUACACAAAAUUCUUGCGUUUCAUUAAACUUCUGCAGACUUUUCGAAGUAUCCUAGCCCCAGGCAAAGCAGUGACAUUGAAUUUGAUCUGAUUAUUAAUUUUUUCUAGAAUAAGUUUUCGAAACGUAAUUUCGAAUUAUUUUAUUGUCUCCAAGCUUUCUAACAAAUCUUAUAUUGACUUAUUUAUAAGCUAGUUGUAAUUUUAGCAAGUAAUUUGAAGACAUAUUAUGGAAAUAAUAUAAUAUACUCAAAAUUUGAUUUCUUUUUAUUGCAUAUUUUUAGUCAUAGGUCAGUUUGUAGAAAAAGAAUGAGUGUUGAAGUUCCGUUGGGAAAAAUUUCAGAAGUACACGUAGGCGCAACAGGUGUGCAAAACGUGUCGAACAUAUAUAAUUAUCUAAUAAAACGUUAUUACAUAUAACGCACAAUAAAUAAAAAAUUCCAAAAAUAGCAAAUGUUCAGGAGAAGCAAAAUACUGUUCCUCUAGAAAAUAUUAAAAUUUCAUGUCAAAGCGUCGUCCAUAAAGUAGGGCACCUUAUUUAAGAGCGUCUUACUCAAAUAUUAUCGAUUUUUUAGUUUAACAGAGAAAUUUAGACAUCGAAUAACAGUGCGCCAAUCACAACUAUUUCAUCAAAUGUGACACAUUUCAAAUAAUGUAGAUGAAUAAACUCACUUUUUUCAGAUAAAGGGACAAAACUUCGCAGAACACAGCUAAAAAUUUACGAUUUAUUUCAAAAGUAGCAAUACUACUACAAAGAGGAAUGUUUAUUCGGUAUUGAGCAAGCAGAGCAAACGACGCAAUUCGACGCGUUCCCACGACAGUCGGGUCUACGUAACCGGAACGGACCCGGAUUUAUUCCGGCCAAGGACUGUCAACUCGGCAGAAUUCUGUCGCUACAACAACAACAACAACGCAAUUCUGUUCCCAAGACAGUCGGGUCUACGUAAUCGGAACGGACCCGGAUUUAUUCCGGCCAACGACUGUCAACUCGGCAGAAUCCUGCCACUACAACAACAACAACAACGCAAUCAAUAGAAAAAUAGACCAAACUGUAAUUUUCUAUACGUAAAAAAUCGAUUUUAAAAAGUUUUCAGUUGUGACUCUUUGGCGUUUGGUGUGCGAAUUGUUUCCAUAUUUCAAACCAACUUUCCAAAAAAUAAUUGUUCUAUGAAAUAUAUUCUUUUUUAAGCAACGGAUAAUAUCUGUGCUUAGUCGAAUUAAGUUGAAAUUACCCAUUUUUAAUUUUGGUACUUCAUUCAUAUUUCUAUAUACUUACAAGUGUCUAGUUUUAAACCAUCAUAAAAAAAUGUAAAUAAAAACGAAAUUUAUUACUGAA